AGAAAUACUUCUUUAGUAUUUUAUUUCUUUUAUCAUGAAGCUAGAUAUACAGAUCGAUCCAACUUUCACUGGUACAUUGCAGGAUUCUCCUUCACAACAAGGCACCACUCGCCUAGAUGGAGUGUGCCACCUGGAAAUUGAUAAGCCUAUGAAAACCAAAGGGCUCAUGGUUCAAUUUAUUGGUAUACUCAAGAUCGAUGUACGGCGAGGUAUUACUUUGAAAGCAGAUGUAUCUGAUGCGAUUGAGAGGAGAUUGUUAGUCGAUGAAAGACUGUAUCUGGAAGGGGAUGGAUCCUACAACAGCGUCAUUCCGGCAGGCUCACAUCAGUAUCCUUUCACCUUUCAUAUUCCAAUCUCCCUACCCCCAUCCUUUCAAACCGAUCGGGGGAAUAUCAGUUACAGCUUACGAGCAACGGCACAGCGAACACUUUUAAGCGAUACAACUGCGGAAAAACCAGUUUCGCUGCGAAAAUGUAUGACGAGAGGUCUAUCGUCUUUGCUAAACUCAAGGGAGCACAUCGAGGGAUACCAAGAUGGUCUUGCUUUUGCGAUGUCGACGCCAUCUAUCGUGUUUCGGGAAGGUGGCCAAUUAAAAUUAGCAUUUUCAUUGUCAUUACCCGAUGUUCGAAACUGUAAAAUUAAGAGCAUCGAUUGCGGACUUAAGGAGUCUAUCAUUUAUCGAACAUCUGGCAGCCAAUCACUCCAUCGAGAAACUCGCCAAGUUUCAGAUACAUCGUUUCCGUUGGGCAUGCAAAACAUUGAUUGUUACAAUUCCCACCAUACGCCAAGAUGCUAUGACGUUGACCUGCGAUUAAUUCCCAAGAUCCACACAGAUAUGUCUACCAAGCUUCUCAAAGUAAGGCAUUAUGUGCAUUUGCUGGUAUCCGCCGAACGGUGGGAUAGCCGGUCGAGCCGCAAUGUGACGUUUACAAAGAGGUACAAGAUAGAAGUGCCUGUCAUUGUCAGCUCCAAAGAAUCAUUUUGGGAUGGUCAAAUGCCCCCUCCGCCAGCAUACAGCCGCUACGAAAUGCCUCCUUGCUAUGUGGAGUCAUUGACCCAGCUACCACCUGCCCCGCCGUAUAAAUCACAGGAAGCGGAACCAACUGAGUUAGUGAAUGUGAAUGUACAUAAUUAGAUAUAGCUCUCCGUGAUAUGGUUAAUACGCUUUAUCACUCAAGUAGUCACCGUAUAUACAAAAUAAAAUCUAAAUUAACCAUAUUAAACACAGACUAC